CCGAGCCGAGAUGUUUGGUCGUUCGGUCUGCUUCCAGAUUCUCUUCCUGGCAGCGUCGGUUUGGGAUUCCAUUGCCGGCGAUUGGGUCGAGAUACCAUUUUUGCAGCCCUCGACGACCACCACCCAGAAGAGCACCCUCAUCCGGAAGAACAUCAAUCAUCCGUCGUUCAUAGCGGAUUCGAACUUCAUGAGCCAUGUGCUGCAUCCGCCUUCUUCUGUCGCCGUUGCGGCCGAUGAUGGCGAUUCCGAAGAAGAUGAAGAAGAAACAGAACCGUCUUUGGUGGUGAACCAUGUCACGUUGUCUCCUGUGCGGAUAAGCAACUUGGUGGAUUUCGAGGAAUUCGUUCGGAGUUCGACCACCACGGAAGGUCCGAUCAGCAGUGCGGCUGACAAGUAUUCACAUUUUCAGAAACGAAUCUACGAGUAUCCGCGGGUGAAUGUGUCAACCAAACUGGGAUGGGCAUCCGCAAAGGAUGAGCUUCAGUUCGUAACGGCCAACCGGCACCGACUGUCUCCGAUGGAUUCGUCCGAUCGUCAUCCGAUGAGUAACAAGUACCAGGAAGAAUCGAUCGAGCCAGUUCAAACCAUUCACGAUCGUAUCGAAAUCCCCGUCGAUGCAUCGUCCACCGAAGAAGACGAAGAUGAAGAUCCUGCCGGUGGGCCAAGCUCCGAAGAGAAAGACCUCAAUGCACCAGCACCGCAGACAAGCGAGAAGCCCUCGGAUCGGUUCAACGACUUUGACGACUACGACGAACAGCGUCCGGAUUUGGCUAGUUCGUUCAAGAAUGUGACCGUAAUCAAGCGCAGACGACGGCCGGUAUCACCGGGACGGGUGACUAUCGUGAAGGUCAUUCCACCGAGGAGGCGUUUUCGUCCGGUGGACUCGGAAAACGAAGGCGGUUUGUCCGGUUUCGUAAGUUUUUUGAAGACAAUGCAGGAUAAGUUUAUGCAACGAACUGCCAAGAACAUCGGCGACAAGAUUAAGGUGCUGCAGGAGUUGAAGGAUCAGCUGCUUCUGAGCAUCGAAAGAAGAAUGUCCACUCUGUGGCGCGAUCCAAACACGGAUAAGGGCAAUCGCCGCGUCAAGCGUGGUGGUUGGAUGGAGUACGGCGAUGGCGGUCACGGUGGAAUGGAUUUCCCGUCGGCGGAAGCGGCUCUGCUGACGAUUUCCUUUCUCACGUUUGCCGUGUUUCUCAUCAAGUUGGUUUUGCAAGUUAUCAACACAAUCAAAGCGAAACACUACACGUACAAUACGCUGGCCGGCUUGAAUGGGGUCAAUGCGGCCACGUUGAAAAUAGUCAACCGAAGCAAACGGGACGCCGAUGGACAGGAUGAGCUUUGGAAGCAGGAUCUGCAUGUGUUGAGCGCAAUCAAUGAUUAUAAAUUUACGUGA